UGUAAAAACUAGUGGAAAAGAGGUGGCAGCAUAUCAUUUUAUACAUAUCGACAAGUUGGAACAACUCAGUCUUGCCCCAGAAAUAGAUCCAUAAUUAUUGCUUUUUUUGCUGAUUCAGCAGCAGGUACAAAGUCCCAAACCGGCGGCGCCACGUCCAACUCGUCCAAGGCCCUUCUCCCUUUGGUGGGUUUGGUCUGUUUCUAAAAUUAAGAACUUUGGUGAAGAUUAACGCGACAGACGAGGAGGAAGAGGUGAUAACAAGCUGAUUACACAAUGCCCUCCCAGGAGAAACGUGACUGACACACUUAUCGGCCCCAACUACUAUUAUCAGUCGGUGAAUUAUUAUGUUGGAAAGCUGAAGCCGAAGGAGGGUCAAGUUUAAGGGAAAAAGUUUUCAACUAUCAAUUGUGACACGACAACCGAGAGGGUGACGCAACGAUGCUCGAAUAGUUGGUCGCAUCAGCGAGUUCAGUCUGGCACGAACUUUGGUCGCGGCUGGAAGCUGCUGAAUCACCUUGGCGAAGUAGUUUUUCUGCGAUAUCGGAACAGCUGGGGCGAUUGAUAAGGGUGAUAAGGCGGGAAGGUCGUUGCAAGCGCAAUAAAAACCCUCAAAAGUGAUCAAUCUCGCUCCGCAAUCACGCGAGUCUAACUAACUUCAAUAGAUCAAAGCCGGAGGUCAAGGCAUCCCAAUCGAAGAACCUCGCGAAUCUCAGAGAGAGAACACUUCUUCAAUUGGCAAUCUCUGUGUGGUGAAUAUGAGUCCGUCGGCUGAUAGCAGAGACGGAGCAGCAGCUGAGGCUGAUUACGAUGGCGGCGGAGCCGCCGCCGGUAACGUUGCGGUCGUCACGGUCUCUUCGGCAGUCGAGUCCCGGCGGUCGCGAAGUGCGGAUACCUCUUCUACCGGUGGUGGAGCGAUUGCUGCGAACACGGCAGGUGGAGAAGCAGACUGCUUGAUAGUGAGUCCAUCAUCGGCUGCCCUCACCGAAAGUUGCUGCCUGCUGCGCAAAUCAACCACGAUGAAGCAAAAGCUGACCGGCGUCCGGGACGCGUUCCAGAACCGCAGCCUGCUGGUGGACCUGCUGGCGAUCCUGUUCGGCAUCGGCGCCUGGAUCGGCGUCAACUCGAGCUUCGUCCAGCUGCCGCUGCUGGUGGCGAACGCACCCGAGGGAUGGAACCUGCCGUCGUACCUGGUGGUCAUCACGCAGCUUGGGAAUCUGGGACCGUUGCUGUAUACGGCGCUGCAGCGGGUGCGUGCCUUCCGGGACUCGUACAUGAUCUACGCGGUGCUGGUGAUCGGGACGGUCGGUGCGAUCUGUAUGGCGUUUUUGUACGAGCGGACGGCGUUCGUGUUUGGCGCGGAACGGUCCGUUGCGAUGUUCGUGUGCGUGUUUGCGCUGGCACUGGUCGGUUGUACGAGCUCGGUGCUGUUCAUGCCGUACAUGGGACGCUUCCGGGACGUCUAUCUGAUUACGUACUUGAUUGGUGAAGGCCUCAGCGGCUUUCUCCCGAGUAUCGUGGCCCUCAUCCAGGGCGUCGGCGGCAACGCCGAGUGCAUCCCGAACAACUCGACCGAUCCGGACGCCCCAGACUUCAUCAGCUACACGCCGCCGCCGCGCUUCGGCUCGCUCGAAUACUUUGUGUUUGUGUUUGUCGUUUUAAUCGUUAGUACAAUCGCUUUUACGAUACUUGAUAACCAUCCGCGGUGCCGCCAGGAGUACGCGGCCGUCGUCAUAAAUCACGGCAACGACUACACGUACGAAACGACACCCACCGUGACCGUCGUGACCACCCCUACAUCUAACCCAGCGGAAAAACCAACAACCUCCACUUCAACCAAGCACGAACAGCCCAAAGUGCUCUCGAACCGAAACUACACCUAUCUGAUGGUCCUGCUCGGAGUGCUGUGCCUGUUCGGGAACGGAUUCUUCCCCGGUAUCCAGUCCUACUCCUGCUUACCGUACGGCAACGUGGCCUACCAUCUGACGGUGACGCUCAGCACGAUGGCCAAUCCGGUGGCGUGCUUCAUGGCCGUGUUCCUGCCGCACACCUCGAUCCGGGCCAUCACGUCGAUAUCGAUGCUGGCGGGUGUGUUUGCGGCGUACGCGAUGGCCACCGCUUUCAUGAGUCCGGCGCCGCCGUUUAUGGGGAUGGCCAUCGGGGAGGCACUGGUGAUCAUCUCCUGGACCAUCCUAAUCGGUCUGGUCAGCUACGUGCGGCUCUCCAUCACGACGGUGUUCCGCUCCCAGGGUGGCAAAUCGCUCGUCUGGGUCGGAGCGGUCACGCAGAUUGGCUCCCUUUGCGGCUCGAUACUUUCCUUUACGAUGGUCAACUUUACGAACCUGUUUCAGCAGUACUAUCCGUGCUGAUCGUGGUGACCAUCCGGAAUGUAAGGAGACCAGGAACCUACUACACCACACUACCACCAGCACCAAAAAGUUGCAUUGGAACGAAUGAAUGUGGGCGUGUUUGUGUUGCUCUGAGUUUGGGUCAUAGAACAAAUCUUUCAACUCAACCUGAAUCAUGAUCGUAGCCUAGCGAGUUGAAAAAAGUCUGACUUUCAUUAUUAUAGUUAGGUUGUUAGUUGAUACGUUAAAUUGUAAUUGCAUUUAGUGUUAGAGCUUAUAUUUGUCAGAACAAGAACAAAAACUAUGUGUAAACGGUCAAGUACAAAACCCUAAAUUUCCUAUCAGAUAGGUUUGAGUUUCUAAAAUUUUGAUUUCUACCCUUUGUUAUGUUAUUAGUUAGUUUGUGUUGUGUUUGCCUUUAGACAACGUAUGAAUUAAUUGCAAAAUAAAAUGCACCCGUUUGUAGAGAGUUUAUAGUUUACACAAAUGUCUUCAUUCAUUGAAAUAUUCACGACAAUAAACACGUUUUGAAUG